GGUUACCCUUCAUCACUGCGAGCGUUGGAGGGGGAUGUUGUGGGGGUUUUCAGCACUCUACCAGCUUGGAGCAGCACCAUUGAUCUGCGGCACUCUUUAAAUAAUGAAGCAGUGAUGUGUUCCCUCGCAGAGCUAAGAGAAUGAAUCGACAAACAUAAUUCUGUGGGGCGGACUGCUAGCCGCAGAUAGUAAGGCUUAAGCCACACUACACCCGCGCUGGAGUGCUAUUACACGUCAAAGGAGCCAUGCAGCUUCAGUCCGCCUCCAACUGCAAGGCUUCGGGUUUCAUUCUGAGCGAGAGAUGCACCCUGGCAUCUAAGAUGGAAAUCCACCGCGAGCAGAGUAUCUGUCAGGCAAGAGCCGCUGUCAUGGUAUAUGACGAUGCCAAUAAGAAGUGGGUUCCUGCUGGUGGUUCCACAGGCUUCAGCAGAGUUCACAUCUACCACCACACAGGAAACAAUGCCUUCCGUGUGGUGGGCCGCAAAAUCCAGGACCAUCAGGUGGUGAUAAACUGUGCCAUUCCCAAGGGGCUCAAAUACAACCAGGCCACACAAACCUUCCACCAGUGGCGGGACGCCCGGCAGGUGUACGGCCUUAACUUCGGUAGCAAAGAGGACGCUAAUGUGUUCGCCAGUGCCAUGACGCACGCCCUGGAGGUGCUGAACUCUCAGGAUUCAGGUUCAACGUUGCCUCGACAAAGCCCUCAGGUUCAGAAUGGCCCUUCACCAGAGGACCUGGAGAUGCAGAGAAGGCAGCUGCAAGACCUUCAGCGCGAGAAGGACCAGGAGCGGGAACGGCAAGAGCAGGAUAUGCAGGAGCGGGAUCGCCAGGAGCACAAACGGCAAGAACGCGAACGUUUGGAGCAGGAGAAGCUGGAAAAGGAGCAGUCGGAGCGUGAACGCGCAGAACGUCAGCGUCAAGAACAGGAACGGCAAGAGCAAGAGCGUCAGGAACAAGAGCAGCUUGAGCGUGAGCGGCUGGAGAGAGAACUGACGGAGCGAGAGAGGUUGGGAAGGGAGAAGCAAGACAGGGAGCAGGAGCAGCUGGACAGAGAACAGAUGGACUGGGAAAGAGGCAGGCGCAUCUCCAAUGCUGCAUUUGAAAGCACCCUCUACACUCCUCCAACCCCUGAUUACUCCAGGACCACUUCUUCCUCCCGCGCUGCCUCUCCUUCCACUCCUAGCCACCCUUCCCCCACAUCCUUACCUCCUUGUUCAACGCCUCCCACCCCACCCCUGCGACACUCUGCCUCCCGGUUUGCCACCUCACUGGGUUCUGCUUUCCACCCGGUCCUGCCACAUUAUGCCACGGUGCCCCGCAAGCAACCAACCCUGGCGUCUUCCCCGACCCCACACUCUCCCCCAGCUCCUGUCCCUAUCCCUCCAGCUGCACACAAGUCUUCAAUCUGGUCAGCUUCUAACUUCAGUCCCCUUCCCCCAUCUCCUCCAGUCAUGAUCAGCAGUCCUCCAGCCAAAGCCACGGGUCCACGGCCAGUCAUUGCCAUUCCAUCCCCUAGCCCUCUUAUGCAGAAGCCCCCAUCACCCACACCACCCAAUGGCCAGCCAGCAUCACCUAAACUCCACUCACCCUCACCUAAACUCCACUCCCCCUCACCUAAGCUCCAUGCACCCUCACCGAUAUUAGCCCCGCCUCCACCAUCAGCGUCCACACCCACCCCCCCUCUCCCGCCCCCGCCCCCUCUGCCCUUCUCUCCAUGCCAUCCAGCCCCCCCCAUGCCCACCUCACCUCAUGUGUCCUCUCCCUCACCCCUGCCUGCUGUUGUCCCCUCUCCUUCCGCAGCCUCCCCUGCCUCUGCUGAACUCUCUGUAUACUCUGUGCUUGGAGACUCCUGCUCCACUCCUCCAGGUCUGCCAGCCUGUCCACCUGCUGAUGUCCCCUGUCAGCCGGAUGCAGUGCAGGGCCUUGGUCUACCCAUGCCCACGCCCACACCCCCUCCACCUCCACCCCUUCCUCCAGGCUCCAGUGUAACCUCUGCCAUUACUGGACCUCCGCCUCCUCCACCUCCCCCCCCUCCUCCCCUCCCUCCUACACUCACUCUUCAGCCUGCAUCUGGACACGCACCCAUUCCACCUCCUCCCACUCCUCCCCCACCUCCACCCCUGCCAAGUGGUCUGUUCACAAUCUCACGCACUCUGGAAGAUAACCAGCCCCUGUCUGGCCUGGCAGCUGCCAUCGCCGGAGCGAAACUGCGGAAAGUGCCAAGGAGUGAUGACGCCUCAGGCGCAGGUGUUGGAGCAGCUGUAGCAGGGGUAGGUGGUGCUAAAGCGGAGGCGGCGCGGGGCAAUGGACCACUGUCUGCGGGAGGAGGUCUGAUGGAGGAGAUGAGCGCUCUCUUAGCUCGGAGAAGAAGAAUUGCAGAAAAGGGGUCGUCACCUGAGCCAGAGCAGAGAGCAGAUGAACCUGAGACUGCAACUUCAAAAUUCACUCCAUGUAGCACUCCAGACAUGCCACGAAAAAUUUGGGAGAGAACAAACACUAUGAACGGUAGCAAAUCACCAGUCAUCGGAAGAUCCAAAUCAACACCCUCAACCCCAGGAUCCUUAAGCACCAAUGGAGUUCUAACAGAAGGACUUGACUACGACAGAUUGAAACAGGACAUUUUGGAGGAGAUGAGAAAGGAACUUUCCAGACUGAAGGAAGAGUUAAUUGAUGCAAUCAGAGAGGAGCUUGGCAAGUCAAACUCUGCAUAGAAGUCCCUCAAGCAUACUAUUACUUUCAUUACCAGAUGCUUAAGAUAUACUACGGUGUCAUUGGAGAGUUAUAAAAGAAGUGAAACAUACACAGAUUAAAAAGUUGGAUAUUAACAGUUAUCAUACUAAUGAAGAUACAUUUGAGGGCAAGUAGAAACGUACAGUUGGAGCAGGCAAAUUGAUUGGAGGAUUGACUCAUAGAUGCCUACAUACACCUCUGUUUGGCCUGUGGCAAGGACUAGACACAGUCUUUACAAUAAGGAGUUAUCAUGUGAAGAUGGAUCUCAAUCUGUAGAUGAUGGGGAUAGAUCUGUAUCUGAACAACAAACCCUAUUAAUGAGUCAGGUUAUGCUGUUAUUCAAACAUAAGGCAUUAAGACUAAAGGCUUAGGCAUAAGGCUUACAGCUGGAAUUUGGAGAGAUCCCCGCAGGAGAUAAAAGGAAGAGAUUGUUGGACCAAGUCUGUUUUUGGUUUUAAUAAAGCCUCGCAAUCUUGAUGAAAGACGACUGGUUUUAGUCGACUGCUGCUGGCCUGUGUAGCUUGUCUUCCUGAGAUACUAUUUUGACUUGGAUCUAAACAUUGCUAAAACAUGAGAAGUGUUUUCAUGUCAUGUAUGUCAUAAAGUACAUCAUGGCCACAUCAGGUAGCUGAAUCCUAUCAUUAAAGGAUGCCGUGUCUUUACAAGAUAUUUAUGAAUGCUCCACAGCUGAUUUCAUGAAUCUGACAUUGUAGCUCUUUUCCUCUUUUCUUUUGUUUUCUGGAUGAGCGAUGGGAUACUUACGAGGGACGAUGCCUUUCUACUGUAAAUCAUUGUAGCUCUUUAACCAAAAUCACAGUAAUGGGUUGCACCAAUAUCAACAAGACCACAUCUGUAGAUAGUGCUCUGAAGAGCUAACUUUUUUAUCUGAAAAUCUUUUUUUUAACUUCUGUCAGACUUAGUGCAUGUCAUAUUUUGUAUCGUGAAGGAGCAAUGUCUGCCAUAAAAUUAAUGUUGUCAGUUUAAAAGCAAUAAGUGUGGCAUUUAUUUUUUGUUUUGUUUGCUCAUUGUCUAAACCAAUUCACCUUCAUCAACAAACAUCUGUAUCCCCUCUAUUGUUUAUCUUAGGAAGCCCACCCAUUUUUAAACAUAAUGAUUUUACAAUGGCAAACCAUAUUGCUCUGUACAAUCUACAUUAAUCAAUGUUAUCCAAUAAUUCUCUGUUGGGUGCCGCCUCAGUGUAAUGCAAGGUCACAGUCAGAGUUGCAGGCUGCAUGUUUUUAUUUGGUGCCAUUUGUAGUGUUUUCAAUUGUCAAUAUUGAUUAUGCAUCUAUCUAUGUUUUUGUUUGUUUUGACCUUUAUACAGUGGCUAAAUCAGGCACACGCGUACCCUCGUGUUUUUCAUUUGGAUCUUUGGCUAUGCUCAGAUAAGAAGGAAAAGAAUAUCAGAUAAGAAGGCAACAAAAAAUAAUGCACAUGUAAUAUUUACAUGAAUCAUGAUCAGUAAUAAAAUACCAGUUCUGAUUGUUCUCACUCAAGGUCACAUGGCAUAUGAACAUAUAACCUGUUGGCAAAAAUUAGAACUGGGUUGCAUCCUCCCUGUAAUACAAAUUGUUACCUUUGAUUUGGCAGUUUCUCUUUAUUGAGGUUCAAGGCCUCCGUUCUUGCUCCUGUAAGGGGAUCUGCAGUGAUCAGGAUUUGUUUCCUCGUUGGUGAGUGAACAGAAAUGGACUUUAUAGUAUGUUGUGCUUCACAAAUAUAAUCAGUCUCAGUUCUUGACCAUGUAUCUGUAUGACAGAGCCAGCAAGUUGUACAAAGAGUGUUUACAGCAUUGAUUGCACUUUAAUAAGAGUAGAAAUGCACAGUGUGUUACUGUUAGUAUAUCAAAACCAUAACCCUCAGUGGCUAUCUCACCAAAGUUUCUGCUGGAGUUCCUCAACUCAUUCAGUCUCUGACAAAAAUAUUGGCACCCUUGGACACUAAAAGAAAAACUCACAAACUUUUUUUACUGUUAGUAGUAAACAUUUACACACAGAACACAUCAUUUUAAAUCAUAAAACAGACAUCCUAAAUUAUCAUAAAUUACACCCUAAAUUCAUUAUUUGGUUGCACAACCUUUGGAGAAAAUAACUGCUGGCAAGCCCUUCCUCUAAACUUCAAUGAGAUUCCUCCAUGGCUGUACUGACAGCUUGAGCCACUCCGCUUUUGCAUACUGCUCCAGUUCUCUCAGAUUUAAAUGGUGCUUUCUUCCAACUGCUGUUUUCAGAGUUUCACAAGGGGUUCAAUGAGAUUUAGAUCUUGACUCAAUGCUGGCCACUUUAGAACAGUGCAGUGUUUUCAUUUGAACCAUUUCUUGGUGCUUUUUAAUGUUUUGGGUCAUUGUCCUGUAAGAAGGCCCAUAACCUUUGUCAGUGUCAGAGUCAGCUUGGUGACAAUAGGAGGAACCUCGGGCUCGGAAAGGAACUCCAAAAUUAUUAUUCUAGGUUUCAUGAUCCAAACCAGAUUCAAUACCCAGUACCAGAAGCAGCCAAGCCAUCCCAAAACAUCAGUGGGAUGUCCUCCAUAUUGGACUGUUGGGAAGAGUGUUCUUUUCUCUGAUGGCUUUUUCUGUGUGAAAAAACACUAAUUUGGUCUCAUUGGUCCUCAGGACUUUGGCUUGUUUGGGUUUGUUAUAUAUGUGGAUACCAAAAUAUAUUUUCAUUUCAUAAUAAUCUGAAAGAAAUAAUGUGUUAUUUGAAAGUAUGCAAGUGUGCCAAUAUUUUCAGCCACGAAUGUAUUUCUCAUCUGAGCCAUCUUUUCCAAAAUCACAAUCAAGAGAAAAAUAAGUAUAUAUUCUUUUUGUUUUGAAAAUAUUUUCAUCAAGGUAAGUUCCCACAUGAAUGAACCUGUGAAUUUCAUUGUUUGUGCCUUGUUCUUAAGUUGAAUUUAAUGUCACAAAUUCUGAUCUAAAAUUGCUUAUGAUAAUUCUUGGUCCUUACAUAAGCUCAUCCACACAAGUCACACACACACAAGACAGAUUGAUGUGUUUGUUUUACUUAUUUAAACAUUUUUGGUUGCUUGUUUUCAAAUGAUUUUUCCUACUUUCUGUCUUCCUUAUUCAAUGCAGAAUGUUCCAGAGUGAUUUGGAUAUGUUCAGCUUGUUGGUAUUUAAGUCUCUCACAAUGCAGUAAGAAUUAUUUGGACGAUGUAGUUAAAAUACGGUCUGUAAAUUGUUCAUUUGUAGAUCAUACUAUCUACUAUAUGCGGAGGCUAUAACAAGUGGACAAUUUUGAUCAAACUGAAGAAAUUCUGUUGAAUGUUCCUGAGAAGCAUUUAUCAGUUUCCUUGCUCUUUAUUUGUUUCUCUUAUUUGCCUUGUUCCAUAGUGGUCUUGUGUUAAUUAGUAUUUUCAUACAUGCUAGAAUUGUUUGGAUAAAUGAAAUAAAAAUCGCAAUACUCCAUCAAAAGAAAAA